AUGUCGACAUUCACUUCUCGGACAAAUAUCGUUACAGGAAAUCACGAAUGGGUCUUUGUUGAUGAUGAGCAGUUUGAUUAUCAACAAGAAUUAGCUCGUUCAGCGUUCGCAGAUAUGCUGCAUGAUCAUGAACGAAACGUUCAAUAUGAGAAGGCCAUUAUUAAAACAAUUGACACACUUUCCAAAACAUUGAAUAGAAUUCAUGUGCUCGAUAUUGGAACGGGUACAGGUCUGCUUUCGAUGAUGGCUGCACGAGCACUGAUGAAAACAACAUGUUCAUCACGUAUUACUGCAGUUGAAGUCUUUCAACCCAUGGCUAAAAUUGCAAAAAAAUGUAUCGAAAAGAAUGGUUAUCAUGACCGAAUUCGUGUUAUCGAUAAGCGUUCAACUGAACUCGAUUUAGAAACUGAUUUACAAGGUGAUCAAAUCAACAUGAUCGUUGCGGAAGUCUUCGAUACGGAAUUAAUCGGUGAAGGUGCUUUACGGACGUUUUCCGAAGCGUGUAAACAUUUAACGAUCGAUAAUGACAAUCUUCGGAUCGUUCCAUCGCGUGCGAUAAUUUAUAUUCAAUUGGUAGAAUCGCCGUUUCUUCAGGAAUUUCAUACGUUGAAGAAUCUUUCGAAAGACGAAAAACGAAUUCGAAUCCCUUUGGAUUGUCGACAUCUGGCUGGCGAUACCAUUUUUGAUUUAAAUGCCAAUGAAAUUCGUGAUCGUCUUCGACCAUUAUCGAAACCUAUACCGGUAUUUCAUUUUAAUUUUAAAUCCGUCGAUGAUAGAAACAAUUUCACUGAGGAAAAGAUUCUCGAAAACAUCCAAUGUGAAUCCGACGGACAAAUUGACGCAUUUGUAAUGUGGUGGAAUUUAGACAUGGACGAAGAUGGUGAAAUUCAGCUGGGUACAAUACCAAGUUGGUGCUAUGACGACAAAGACAAAGCUCAACAUAUCCAGUGGAGAGAACAUUGGAUCCAUGGAAUCUAUUAUCCUCAAAAACCAAAAGCAGUCAAAGCAAAUGAACAUGUAAAUUUAUAUAGUUUUCAUGAUGAAUAUAGUUUGUAUUUCGAUGUGGGAUCAUCACCAUUUCCGCCUCGUUCAUUUACACCUGCAUUUCUUAGUCGAUCAGCUAUGUCCGGAUUUAAUAACGACCAACGUCGACAGAAAUAUGUCGAAGGUUUACAGAAAUCCUUCUCAAAUUCGUCGAUUCACCGUUGUUUAUACAUCGGCGAUGGUUUAUUAUUACCACUGCUCGUUCUCGAAAUGUAUCCACAGAUUGAAUUGAUUAUUUUAGAAUCAUCUAAUGUUCAUUUAGUUCAAACAUUGAAAGCUAUUCUUGAAAACUCGUCCAGUCAAUUAAGCUAUCGACUCAUUCCAACUUUCGAAAAAGAUCAUGUUGAUUUGGAAAAGAUUGAUAUGAUUCUCUCCGAACCAUUCUUUACGAAAUCUAUUUUACCGUGGGAUAAUCUUCAUUUCUAUUAUCUUCUCCACCAACAAACUCAACCAUUAAAUAUGAAAUUAUUUCCUCAAAAAGCUCGAAUACGUUGCAUUGCAUUGGAAUUCGACCAUUUACACAAGAUUCGUUCACCGGUACAACAAUGCUGUCAACUGGAUUUGUCACCGUUCGAUGAGCAAAUUCUUGAAGCUUCGUUAAAUGUUGAUGCAAUAGUUGAACCUCAAUCAUUGUUCGAAUACUCAUCGAAGAAACCAACUCUCUCUCCGAUAAUCGAUCUAAUCGAAAUCGAUUUUCGAAAAAAUUAUCAAGACAAACUCGAAAAAAAUCACUUUGACAUUCCAAUCACUGCCGAUGGUAUUUGCAAUGGUAUCGCAUUCUGGAUUGAUUAUCAACUAGAAGAAGAUCUUUGGCUAACAACUGGUAUUGAAACGGAGAAUGAUUCCUGGGCCACUUAUUCGAAACAGGGUGUGCAUCUUCUACUGAAACCAUUGAAAAUGCGAGCUGGAAUGAAGUUAUCGAUCAAUGCUGGAUUUGAUUUCCAUCAAGGGCAAUUUCUUUUUGAUACUCUAUCGUAA